AUGAGUGGUUCCGGAAAAGGUCUUUUGGGUUUAUGGCUGUACAGAAACGGUUCAAAUUGGCAAGUAAAAACUGAGGCGCCUCAUCACCCAAAAUUGGCUGAACUCCACGCAGCUCACCAGCAAGCUCAAGAGGGGGAGAGGAUUUCUGUUAUCUUUACCGUAAAAAACCAAGUCGGAGGUUUAGUUAAGGUUCUUUCGGUCUUCCAAGACCUGGGUAUCAACGUUCUUCAUAUUGAAUCUAGAAAGUCUGCAAUGGAACUAUCUGCUUCUGAUAUCCUGGUCGACGUCGAAUGCGAUCCUCGUAGAAUGGAUCAGCUCAAGCGAAUGCUUAAACGCGAAAUUCAAGAUUUCGAAGUGGUUUCCUCGCAAACUGGUGAAGAAUUUCCACCACCAACACCUUUAUCAGCAGCUGCUAGCUUUGAUUUUGGUGAGAUGGCUUGGUUUCCUCGAAAGAUAUCUGAUUUAGACCGUGCUCAGAAUGUUCUCAUGUACGGUUCUGAAUUGGACGCUGAUCAUCCUGGAUUUAAAGAUCCAGUCUACCGCAAGCGACGGGAACAAUUCGCUGCUAUCGCUAAUAAUUAUAAAUACGGACAGCCCAUUCCGAAGGUGCAAUACACAGAAUCGGAGAUCAAAACCUGGGGUAUCGUAUUCAGGGAACUUCAUAAACUCUACCAGAAACAUGCUUGUGAGGAAUACCUCGAAAACUGGCCUCAGUUGGUCAAGUACUGCGGUUAUAGAGAAGAUAAUUUACCUCAGUUGGAAGAUGUAAGCGUAUUCCUCAAGCGUAAGACUGGAUUUCAACUGCGUCCCGUAGCGGGCUAUUUAUCUCCUAGGGAUUUCCUCUCUGGCUUGGCUUUUAGAGUGUUUCACUGCACUCAAUAUAUUCGACACUCUUCUGAUCCUUUCUAUACCCCUGAGCCCGAUUGCUGUCACGAGCUCCUAGGGCACAUGCCUCUACUUGCCAAUCCGAGUUUUGCUCAGUUCUCUCAAGAACUUGGACUGGCAUCGCUCGGAGCGUCUGAUGAGGAUGUUGAUAAAUUGGCAACGCUCUACUUCUUUACGGUAGAAUUCGGUCUGUGCCGUCAAGCUGAUGGAAGUUUCCGAGUAUAUGGAGCUGGUCUCCUCUCUUCCGUGGCCGAACUGCAACAUGCUCUCACCACUCCCGAAAAAAUCAAGAGAUUCGACCCGGAUGUCACCGUCAAUGAAGAAUGCAUUAUAACGUCAUACCAGAAUGCUUAUUAUUACACUGAUUCCUUCGAAGAAGCAAAGGAGAAAAUGAGAGCCUACGCAGACAGUAUCCAACGUCCCUUCGGAGUACGUUACAACCCAUAUACUCAAAGUGUUGAAAUAUUGAGCAAUGCCCAGAAAAUAACUGCUCUUGUUCGUGAAUUGAGAGGAGAUAUUUGUAUCGUGUCUUCUGCGAUAAAGAAGAUUUCUGCUCAAGAUUCUACUCUUGAUGUUGAGACAAUCGCCAACAUGCUACAUACUGGACUUCAGGUCAAUGAAAGGAGUCCACAGAGCGCUUCCGGGGGCAGUUCUCCAAAUUCUGAACGAGGUCUCUCUCCUCGUCCCGACGUACCUAAAUAAAAAUUAUAAACAGUAGUGUAUGUCGUCUCUCUCUUGAAAAAUGCUUCUUUAGUAUUCUAAAUAAAGCUUUAUAAGUAAAAUAUAUUAUAAUUAUACUGUAUGUUAAAUUUUAUCAGUAGGUUCUUUUGCAAAUUU